UUCGGUGCGUGUUUUUCAUCUUCCAUCAGCAGCGCCUCGUUCAUCGCGGAGCGAUCCGUAACAUUUCUUUCACGGAAAAAUCCGUUUUGAUACAGUUUUUUUGCGUAUAAUUGUUGUGUAGUGUUCCGCUAGACUGCCACCUCAUCAUGGGUAUCCUGGAGAAAAUCUCCGACAUCGAGAAGGAAAUCGCCAAAACCCAAAAGAAUAAAGCUACCGAGUACCAUUUGGGAUUGCUGAAGGCGAAGCUUGCCAAGUACCGUUCGCAGCUGCUGGAACCCUCGAAGAAGGGCGAAAAGGGAGAGGGCUUCGAUGUGUUGAAAUCCGGCGACGCUCGGAUUGCGCUGAUCGGGUUCCCCUCGGUCGGUAAGUCCACGCUGCUUUCGACGCUGACGAAAACGGAAUCGGAAGCGGCCAAUUAUGAGUUUACGACGUUGACGUGCAUCCCGGGUGUGAUCGAGUACAAGGGGGCGAACAUCCAGCUGCUGGAUUUACCUGGAAUCAUUGAAGGGGCCGCCCAGGGCAAGGGUCGCGGUAGGCAGGUCAUUGCCGUUGCCCGGACGGCGGAUCUGGUGCUGAUGAUGUUGGAUGCUACGAAGCCCAAUGUGCACCGGGAGUUGUUGGAGUACGAGUUGGAAUCGGUGGGACUCCGGCUGAACAAACGGAAGCCAAAUAUCUACUUCAAGAUCAAGAAGGGCGGAGGCGUGAGCUUCAAUGCCACUUGCACCCUGACCAGAUGUAACGAGAAGAUGGUGCAGACGAUUCUGCACUCGUUCAAAAUCUUCAACGCCGAGGUGCUGUUCCGCGAGGAUUGUACGGAGGAUGAGUUCAUAGAUGUGGUCACCGGCAAUCGGAUCUACUUGCCUUGUAUCUAUGUGUACAACAAAAUCGAUCAGAUUUCGAUUGAGGAGGUGGACCGUUUGGCGCGGCAAGAUUUUAGCGUGGUGGUCAGCUGCAAUAUGCAUCUGAAUCUGGACUAUCUGCUGGAGCACCUGUGGGAGCACCUGAUGCUGAUUAGAGUGUACACCAAGAAGCCUGGUGCACCUCCGGAUUUCGAUGAUGGUUUGAUCCUGAGAAGGGGCGUGACCGUUGAGCACGUGUGCCAUGCCAUCCAUCGGACCUUGGCCGAUCAGUUCAAGUACGCACUGGUGUGGGGCACCUCGACGAAAUAUUCUCCCCAGCGGGUCGGAAUUUCGCACGUGAUGCAAGACGAAGACGUCAUCCAGGUGGUGAAAAAAUAAAUCAGGUAAGAGUGGUUCGCUCCCGGAGUGAUUCUGUUUGCGCUCCCCCUAUCCUCCAUGAUUUAUGCGGUUUUCCAAACUACGAGCUGUUUUGUGCGACUGAGAUAGACAAAGUGAAACCAUCCAGGACAAGGAAUGUUGUCGUUUCGGAAUGAUUAAGAAAACAGCGCACGAAGAAGAAGUGGUUAAAUCAUUUAUUAUUACAAUAUAACUAUUAUGUAUCGAGAACAUAAAAAAUGUGCGAUUUCCAUUCAUCCGAAAGCAUCGCCGAUUUAUUUCGGAACGAGACAAAUUGGACAGCUUAGGUUGUUGUUCUCCAACCACGAAUCGAUACAAGAACGAUGAAAUCCGUGA